AUGACCGCAGACUUCCCGGCUUCCCUUGGCAACACCUCGGACGACAACGUCGAUCAGAUCUCCUUCACAACCACUUCCGAUGGAUCGCCACCCUACAGCUCGUCCGAGCAUCACAGUCCGACUGACCAACGCACCGAGACUCCCACUUCUGACUCUGGAAUAGUCUCUUUCUCACCCGAGAAUGUGGCGACCAGCUUCGAGAGCAGUGAGCGAGAUGCCUCCCCAGACAAUCUCUCCACGUCAUCCACUCAUUUAACAGAUCUUCAAGAGAAGGGUGUCAGUGUAGAAGAAGAUCUGCAGAGACGUGAGUUCCCAUUCAAAAUUAGUUGAAGUGUGGGUGGUAGUUGUUUCAGAAUUGUUUCGAUUUCAUCAGGACUUCAAAGACUCGUUGAUGGAGAACAAUCAGAACACAAUCAACAUGAUGUCCGCGUUCAAUCCGCAGCUCUUCAAGCAGACUCUCGCCAGUCUCGGCGCCGUCGCUCCACAGGUACUUCUUCUUCUUCUUGCACUUCCUUGCAAACGCGCACUCGACUUGUCGUUGAAAACAAGAGACGAAAUUUAUGAUUUUCGUGAAUUUUUUCCUAGUAACCGCCCUUUUUUCAGCUGCCGGUUAACCUGACUACGGCCCUUCCAAUGGCUGCCAGCCCGUGCACCACCGCCGCCUCCGUUCCGAGCGUCGAACCGACGCCGACCAAGAGGAAACGGCAAAGGCGGAACCCUGUGUGGCCGUAUUUCGACGUUAUCGAUGGGACCGCCCGUUGUAAGCAGUGUCUGUACAGCACAAAAAGUGUGUUCAGCACAAAUCUGAAAGUGCAUUUGAGAUCGCAUCACAGGCCAGAUUACGAGAAGGUGAGCAAUUGGAAGCAGGUGAAUCGGGGGCAGACAGACAGACUUGCAGGUGAUUCUGGCAGAAGACGCACUCAAUCUGAAUGCCCUGCUGCUCAGCGGCAACACUUCCAAACUGUUCAACGUGGACGCGAAUCGGAAGCGGAUGCCUCCGAUGACUUCGAGUAUUCUGAUGACAAUCAACAAAUGUAAGAAUGUUCCUCGAAGUCUUCCGAGCCUGCACUCUUGUUUCAGUGACCAAUCAGCAGCAGAACGGCGAGGAGAAUCCGUUGAAUGCGGUUCUCCGCCAGACUCUGGCGAAUAACGGACUGCAGCAGCAUCUCCAGAACAUGCAGAAUCAGUUGCAAGCAGUUCAAAAGCAGCAGCAGCAGCAACAGCAGCAGCAACAACAGCAACAGCAACAACAGCAACAACAGCAGCAGCAACUUCAGCAGCAACUUCAGCAACAGCAACAGCAGAACGGAGUGCCCCAGUUCGCCCUCAAUGCGGCAAACUUAGCUGCUCUGAACCAAUUGGCCAGAAAUCAAAUGCAGCCGACUCCGCCGCCGGUGCCAGUCAGUCAGGAUCACAUCAUCAACAGCUUGAACUUCCCGGCCCACAUCAAGCAAGAGAUCCUGAAUGCUCCGCACGGAACAGACGCGAACGGAGUGCCUCAGCCGAAGCGCCGUCGCCUUCGUCGCCAUCCCGUCUGGGUGUAUUUCAAGGAUCUGGAAGACAGAGUGAGUACUUCCAUUCGUCUUCUGGUUGAGUGAUAAUAUUUGUUUCAGAUGGUUGGGUGCACAAACUGCGAGUUCCGAACAGGCUCGGCGUUCUCGACCAACUUGAAAAUGCACCUGAAAGCUCAUCACAAAGAAGAUUACGAGAAAGUGCUUCAGUUAGAAGAGGAGAUGCGACUGGAAGAGGGGUGCUUUGGACCUGGGAACAAGUUCAAGACGGAGCUGAUUGACUACAUCCGCGGAGGCGGAAACGUGACCACUCCGAGCACUCCCAAUCCGGCGAAUGGGAACUUCCCGCCCACUCCGAAGGCGUCGCCACUGGUUCAGCAGAUCAUCAAUCAGUCGAUGGCCAGAUCGCAGAGUCCGACAGUGAUGAACUCGCAGCACGGAGAAGUCAAGAUCAAGAAGGAAGUGUAAGUUGAAGUGAGAGAGGGAAACGCGUGUAUCGGUUGAUUUCAGAGAGGACGACAUGUUCAGUGGACUCUCAUCGACAGACAAACUCGCCGCUCUCGUUGGAAUCGCCGGAUCAACCGAAGUGAAGAAAGAGCCACUCGACCUUCUGGUGAGACCCCCCCCCCCCUAACUUCAUUUCGGAUUUCAUUCAACUGUCACUUUCCAGCCCGCCAACUUUGAAGAAUUCCGUCAACGUCUUCUUGCCACCAACACAUUGUCCGGUCUGCUCGGACAGUCAGCCAGUCAGCCGAUCGCCGUUGAUCUGAAUGGAAGCAUAAUUGCUUCGGAAACCAAAUCGACGUGCUCCACGAAUGAAGACGACCGGAAGCAGGAGAGAGACAAAGCCCUCGCGAGGUACGGAACACUCGAGAGUUAUUGUAUUCAGACAUGCCUGUUUUCAGAUUGUGGGCCGACAACGAGACUCUUCUGACUAACACUCACUUCCGCGAUUUCGUCCACUGUCUGGCACCCGAGUACGAGAUUCCGGAUGCGGUCAUUCUCGCGACGACUCUCGUAGAUCACGACUAA